CCCUACGUCACCAUAUCCCGCGUCCAUAAUACUCUGUUCCACAUCCCACUCCCAUCUCUCCCGUUUCUCUACACUUCCUGACCCAGAUGGCGGCGGCGCCCUGCUCUACCACCUUCUCCGGCGACGUGUGGGCGGAGCUGCGCCUGGCCUCCGCUAGCGAUGUGCCGCACAUCCACCGCCUGAUACACCAGAUGGCCGAGUUCGAGCUCCUCACCGACCUCUUCGCCGCCACCGAAGAGCUGCUCACCUCCACGCUCUUCCCCUCGCCGACGCCGCCUCCCUUCACCUCCUUCACAGCCCUCAUCCUCGACCUAUCCCCCUCCCCCGUCGCCCCCGACCCCUCGUCCACCAUCGCCUCCCGCCGCCUCGACCUCUCCGCGUCCCCGCUCGCGGACCCCGAGGCCGCCGCCUUCGCCUCCCCGCGCGGAGGCGGGCGCGUCACGGCCGGGUUCGUGAUCUGCUUCCCCAACUACUCCACCUUCCUCUCCAAGCCCGGGCUCUACGUGGAGGACAUCUUCGUGCGCGCGCCCUGGCGCCGCCGCGGGCUCGGCCGGAUGAUGCUGUCCGCCGUCGCCGGCAGGGCGGCCGAGCUCGGGAUGGGCCGGGUGGAGUGGUGCGUGCUCGACUGGAACAAGAACGCCAUCGACUUCUACGAGGGCAUGGGCGCUGACGUGCUCCCGCAGUGGCGCAUCUGCCGGCUCGCCGGCAAAGCGCUGGACAAGUACAAGGGGUCCGCCGGCGGGAAGGCUGCGGCUGCGGAAUAGGAGGGCCUGGAAAAUUGCUUCUUGAGUUGAGUAUCUGCCAAUAAUAAAGGUGGCGUAGAUUUGCUCCCGUCUGGCAUGGUUUAGAUACGAUCGGUGAUUUGGCGCAUUUGAUCAGCUCGUUGUGGCAAAUGUUGGCUCAUUAUGCUCAAUUAUCUUAUGAUUAGAUGCACAAGUAUGUCUUUAUGAUUACCAUUUCAGCCUGAACAUGCCUCUUUGUUGUCGGUCGGAGUCUCAGAGCUGUUUCAAAUGAAUUCCUGCCUUUUUAAUAACAACAUAAAAUCCUGCUUGACCAGGGCCCAUGAUCUGUUCGAGUAUCUCAAUUUGGAUAAAAGAUUUUCGGAUUU